UGCGCGCGAGAGAGAGUGAGAGAGAGAGAGCGCGAGGGUGAGAGACUGACAGCCGUUACAGGAGCACGAACCGAGGCGUCGAUAUGAGCGGUCAGUUUGAGGAAGAUAUCCACGACCGGACUGAGAGAAAGAGCAGUAAAUCCCCGACGCUGCUUUCUUCUUACUGCAUUGACAGCAUACUGGGCCGCCGGAGCCCCUGUAAGGUCCGGCUGAUAGGGGCGCAAAGUUUGACGGGUCUGCCCGGGAGAGGGGAGCUCGACAAGACGGCUGAAAGACCAACCAAAGACCCCCUCACCCUCAGCGCCGACAUGCACCUGCCACCAAAGCUCCGCCGGCUGUACGGACCCGGCGGGAAGUACCUCCACGAGCACCCGGAGACUCUGGACAGGGAGCGGCUCCUCCUGGAGCAGGCCAGCGACAGCUUAAAAAUCAGCCAGGCGCCGCAGGUGAGCAUCAGCCGCAGCAAAUCCUACCGUGAGAACGCAUCACUGAGCCGGGGAGAGGGCGACCAGAGCCCCGGGGAGGGCUCGGAAGACGGUAGCAUGGGACUGGUGGAGCUCGGCCCGCUGAAGUUCGAGGAGGACGCGGGGAAGGAGGAGAGCUGUGGGGACCCGGCAGCUCUGUCCCCGAAGGACGAGGAGAGGGAGAGCUUGAACGCCGGGGAUGGGGACGUGAGGGACGGGGAGGACAGCGUGUGUCUGUCGGCGGGCAGUGACUCGGAGGAGGGGAUGCUGAAACGGAAGCAGAGAAGAUACAGGACUACAUUUACCAGUUACCAACUGGAGGAGCUGGAGAGAGCUUUCCAGAAGACACAUUACCCCGACGUCUUCACCAGGGAGGAGCUCGCGAUGCGUUUGGAUCUGACCGAGGCCCGCGUGCAGGUGUGGUUCCAGAAUCGAAGAGCCAAGUGGAGAAAACGUGAGAAGGCAGGGGUGCAGGCCCAUCCGUCAGGCCUCCCCUUCCCCGGCCCCCUAGCAGCAGGCCACCCUCUCAGCCACUACCUGGAAGGAGGGCCCUUCCCUCACCACCCCCACCCCGCCCUGGAGUCAGCCUGGACAGCUGCUGCAGCCGCAGCCGCUGCCUUCCCCGGCCUGGCACCUCCACCCCACAACGGUUCUGCUCCGCCUCUGGCCACGCCACUCGGCUUGGGCACUUUCCUUGGCACGGCGGCCAUGUUUCGGCACCCAGCAUUCAUUGGACCCACCUUUGGCAGGCUCUUCUCCAGUAUGGGCCCAUUGACCAGUGCUUCCACCGCCGCUGCUCUCCUCCGUCAACCCGCCCCUCCUGUAGAGAACCCCUCCCACGCGGGCCCCGUCCUCCCCGACCCUUCCUCUUCCUCCUCUUCCUCAGCAGACCGCAGAGCAUCCAGCAUUGCAGCGCUGCGCCUCAAGGCCAAGGAACACUCAGCUCAGCUCACCCAGCUGAACAUCCUGCCCGCCGGAGCCACAGGGAAGGAGGUGUGCUGAACACUCGACACCAGCUGUAGGCCUCCACAUUGCUGGGCCCACGUCCCAUUCCAUGACACCCCCCUCCCAAAAAAAAAACCCCCACUCAUACCUCUGGAGGGUGGCAUUCCCUCCUGUGCGACUGUCCCUGUUACCUCAUGUUUCCCCAACAAGAUAGCACGACCAAAUUCAGAAGAGCACUGGCUAAAAAGUGUGUGUUUGUGUGUGCAUUACCACCAGCGAAAUAUGAUUUUACAUGCCAUACAAAAACCUUUCUGACCUAAAGGCCAAUAACGUUAAUAUUUUAACACAUUUUUACAAAACUAGCAAUAUCUAUGAACAAAACCGUAGCAAAAAGCAGACUAAAUUAUUUCAAAUAUUUAUUUUUGAUCUAAAUAUUUCUUCAUUUUCUCAAUAAAUCAAACUUAUAAUUUAGGCUGCAUGCAAUUUCUAUUAACUUAAAAAAACACCUAGCCAGUGGGGAAAUGCACCCUAGUACAAGGAGACACUCAAUUUUUAUUUAAUGCCCCUUUGUUGUGCGACAGCGCUACAUUUCAGGGUUAAAAUAUCUUUACAAUAGCACAAGUUUUUAAAUGAUACAUUCUCCAUUAUUUUAAUGAACGCAGGUAUGAGAAAAUGCCGAAGCUACACCUAUUUUAUAAGAAAGGUGCUUAGGAGAUGAAUGAAUCCAACAAGCUAAUUCCUGCACACUUUCUAAAUUGCACCAAAUCAUCUGCAGCAUCUUCUGUACCAAAUUUUGCCAGCACAUUUGUGCAAUUUAGACAGUGUGUAGGACUUUGAUUGAAAAUUUGGAACAAGUGAAUACAAGAAAGUUCUCGAUUUUGAAUUGCCUAGGCACCAGUUUUUGUUGCUAUGAUAUCAAAAAAGGUCCAAUUAUCUUUUGAUUUUUUACCAAUACCAUAUUUUGCUGAAAAUCUGGUAUCAUGAAAACACCACCUUAUAGUAAAUAUUUUUUCUUUCACUGUUUAUUUGAUCAGAUUCAGAUUUGAGCUGCAAAACAGUUAACACAUCCACACAUAUUGCAUCAGGUCUGAUAACUGUAACUGUGAUAAAUUAUGUUAAAAAGCAAUUUUCUGCUGCUUUUCUGCUGUUUUAUAAUUUAAGGAAAUAAUUCAAUAACAGGAUACUGACAUAAAAAAGAUUUUUCCUUUUAGAGAGGGGUUUAUAGUUUAACACACACACACACACAAGCAUAAGAACUGCAGGGGAACCCAGACUUUGACAAGAGAUUCUCGUGCUACUUUAAAAUGUGGACAACUUGAGAGCUCAGCGUUAACUCUGCUUAAUCUGUAUGCACUAAUGUGGGCUAAGCUGGUGUAGUUCUGAAAUAAAGAAGCGUUGGAGGAGGUCCCCCACCCCUUACCCCCCCAGAACCAAAGGAAAAACUGUUCAUAGACCUUCCAUAGCCUUCUCUCCAGGCCGGGCUCCUCUCCACUGCUUGCUUGUCCAACGGUCACACUUGGCAUUACCGCUUAAAAAUAUUUGCCUGAACCAAACCAGAGUUACUUCAGUUCAACGGACAUUCAAACCUCCCUCCAUUAUUUUGUGGCAUUUCAGUUGAGUGUGACUCCAGGACACGCGAGCAAAGUUGGUGUCUGAGCUGUCUGAUGACCUGACUGUGUGAAAGACAAACUGUACAUAAUGUGUAAAAAGUAAACAAAAAAGUUCAAGGAAAAGGAUGAUUUUCAAAAUAAGGUUGUGUAUAUUUGAGGAGAGCAUUUGCACUCAGUGUAGUGUUUAAUGAAUGUCGCCCUGUGUAGACUUUCACCUGUGUUUAUGAAUUAUUAGCUUUUUAGAUGAUUAUUUAUGUCUAAAUUCCCCCUGGAGGACGCAAAUGAAGAAAGAUUUUUUCUUUUAAAGUGACUGUCAGUUUCCUGGUUUAAUAAUGCUAAUUUGAAUAAAUUACACUGGUUAAAUGAGUUAUCUUUUAUUAUUAUUUCAAAUUCCUUUAGGACUGACAUAGGCCUAA